GCUCGGUAGAUGGGUUUGGCGCGAAAGUACGUAGAGGGACAUUGGGAUCACUUGGGUUCCUGAGAGCGCUGCGAGUCAAUCGCUGAGCUGAGUGUCAGGCGGACAGCUCUGACCAUGUCUUCAAGGUCCCAUCGCAUGAUCCGCUAGCGACGAGGCCACUCUUGGACCAAUUCAGACACCACACCUCACUGGCGUGACCGACGUCAUCCCUGUUCUGUAGACUCGCUGCAGAAGUACCGGAGACGAGGUAGUUGGUCGUGGACUAGAUUCGAGAGUCAAUCGCUGGUCCUUCCUGAGGGCUGACUCGUCAGACUGACCAUCUACUGAGAGGGGCAGGACAGUCGGACUCGAGCAGCAAUGACAGCAUCGCGCCGAGACUCGAUCAACGACUGCAUCCCACGCCUACCGCCAGCCAGUCACGGGCAGACAGCCCAAGGCCGACAAGAUGUCAUAUGGCUAUGCAGACGAUGAUCUAGACCUGGAAGAUCUGGAGGCAGUCGACACGAGCCCUCAACGACAGUUCAAGGGGAAGGGCAAGGCGACACCACAGAUCAACUCAGGCGAGAUAGUAGAUGCACCUGAUGACGAGGGCGAGGACUUCAGCAUACCCGCUCAUUCUCAAGGAAGCAGCAUCUGGCUCGUCAAGGUGCCUAACUUCUUGCUGGAUCGAUGGUCGAGCAUCACCGACGAGAAUGCCGUCAUCGGCAAUCUCAGGAUCUCCACCGACAGCAAAGGACCGGAUGGCGAACCCAAGAUGGCACUCGUUCUCCCGACCGGUGUCGCAGGCCCGUCAUCACGAGCGAGCGGGGACGAGAUACCUGCAGAGUAUGAGCUCACAAUGACGAACAAGGCGACCAAGAACGCCUACGUCUUUGCGGAAAAGGUGUCUACUCCACAGUCAUUGGUCGCGCCCAAUAGUACCGACGGCGUUCGAGCUGUCCGACGUCAGCAUCAAAAACGUCCUCGCGAACCGACUUACAUUGGCCGCGUCGCACACGAAUGUCAGGCCCGCCCUGAUUUCGAGUCAGACGUCUACCGAGCCAUCAUCCGCAAACGAAUCGAAGUGGCAGAAAAGCCCAAACGAGUCGUUCAGGCACUCAACGAGGACAUGGCUACCUCUAACAGACUGGCCUCGGGUGCUCUGCGACUGAAGCAAUCGCUCAUGACGCCUAGUUUGGUCAAAGCAAGGCCAAAAACAGCGGCUGAUCAGAAGCUGGCUCGCGCGCCUCGAGCAGAAGUCACGGAUCAGAUCAUGGCCCUCUUCUCCACUCACGAAUACUGGUCCUUGCGUAACAUCAAAGAGAGAAUUGCGCAACCCGAUGCCUGGCUGAAGGAGAUCAUGACAGACGUCGCCAUCAUGAACGCAAGCGGGCCUUAUGCAGGUCUCUACUCGCUCGCUCCUGCCUUCAAGUCACUCGCAGCCGCCAAAGCAGUCCAAGAGGCACCCGGUGGUCGCUCAGCCCCUCUGCCGACUGCAGGACCGGCACAUGGCUCACUGAAAGACGAAGAUCUGUCCGACGACGAGAUGGAAGCUGUCUCAUACAUUGGUCAUGACAGCGGCUCCGCGAGCAAGCCAAAGUACAGCAAAAGUCGUCACGAUAGCAUGAUUCUGCAACAUCUGAUUCGUCCAAUGAACUUGCGUUGA